AUGCUGCGAUAUUCACCGCGUGAGUACCAUUUUUUUAUUUGAAAUUACAGAGAUUUUUUUGACGUUCUUAUCGAGCUGAUAAAAAGCUGCAAAAAAAUUGAAAAAAAUGAAAAAAAGUAGAACAGGAUUCGAUUUAUUAUAAGUUGAAAUCUUUUCUUUGAUUUUUUUAUAGAUUCAACUUGAGAUCUUGUCAAAAAAACAAUGAUUAUUCCUUCGAAUAUGAUAGGAUCCCAAAUGUUGCAGAGUUCUAAUAGGAGUUUUUUUCUGUUAAUUUUGAAGUGAAGAUUUUAAGAAGAAUCUCCGAAAAUGUUUAAUAUUUCAUCGAGGAUCAAUAGUUAACUGCAGAGUUUUUUUGGAAAGUUUUUUGCGUGAGAGCUUUAGAAAAUUAAAAAAAGGUAGGUUUUUUUGAUUUGCAUUCUCUGAGAAUCGUCCUGUUCACUCCUUGAUGUACCAUGAUGAAGAAGCUGCAAAUCUCAAACAGUGCAACUUUCUAGUUUUUUAGAAGUAAAAGCUCAAUUUUCAAUGAAAAAGUGAAAAAAAAAUGUUAGAAUUUUUCCUUAUUAGGCUUUGGGUCAUGAUUUCUUGAAAACCAGACAUUGACAGGUUGAUUUCUCGAGUUUCUUUACCUGGCUCAUUGAGCAGUAUUUCUGGUCAAUUUUCAUGUGACCCCUUUCUUUUAGGGAUUUUGGCUUUUUUUUUUAGAGUAAUGAAGCUUCAAGUAUCAGUGAAAAUCCUUUCAAAUUUUUAAGACAAGUCUUUUCGAUUAUUCAUCGAGUCCGUUAUACAUUUUAUCGGGAGAAUAUCCUAGAAGGAACCAUCUUUUUCUUAAGGUUUAUUUCAGUAAGCAGAAAUUUGUCAUUCCUCAAACUCAGACUCCUAGACAUGACAAUAAAAACUACAAAACCACUCUGCAGCUGCAAAGUUUUUACGAAUGGCUGAAUUCUUAGCGAACAUCUCCAUUGAACAUUUGGCAAGCAGAAGGGGUUUUUAUGCCCUAUCCAGGAUUUGAAUGUAUCUGGCAGGUGUUGGACAGUUGCGUUUUUUUCCCGAACAUCUGUACGAGGCCUGUUAAAACUUCAAAUUCUUUUUCUUACCAAGUUUUUUUCUUCUCUCUCUUCCUCGCGCUCUUCGUAUGUUUGCCAUAUGUGAUCUAGUACUUCCUCGCUAUAAUGUACAGUCCGACUUUCAGAAAAUUAAUGAGUAAGUUUGCUUAUUUCUAACUCCAAACUUUGAAGCUUGUAAAAACAAGAAAAGUGCUUCAUCCUCACAAUCAUUUGUUACUGUACUUGGAUUUAUUCAAUGAUUUUCGAAGAAUAUCCAUAUUUUUUUUGAAGUUAACUGGAAAAACUCUGGAAAGUGUUUUGCAGGCAUUAUUAGAUAAGUCCACUCGAACAAAUCCUAGGAAACAACGUCUGCGAGCUUGCUCAAAAAGAAUGAAAAGAGGAAAUUGAUAUUCCGACGGGUGAUUUCACUCACCGCGUCGAGACUUCGCUGAUUGCAAUUGCCAAUCCGCGGCGUCCAUUUUCCGGCACACUUGAUUGGAAUACGAGCCUAUUUUUGGCCUUUUCUGAGCCGACACAAGUUAGCUUCACUCUUAUCAGUCUUGAGCGUCUUUUUUGAAAGUAAACAGCCUUGAGAGAAUAGUUAGCGUAUCUUAAGAGAAAAUCGAAAACGAGCAUGAAAGAAUUUUUCUCAAUUAGGAAAAACGCGAGCUUUCCAAGAGUGUAGUUUUGAAGUUUUUCACAUGAUUCAAGCGCCAGGCAGCUGCUUUCACCUACGUAGCCUACGUAUUUGGAUAUCCUUCCAAAGUCGUCUUGCCAAUGGAAAAAAAGUUUUUGAAAAUUGUGAACUGCGGAAAGAUCAAUUUUCUUUUUACUGAAUUGAAUUAGGGAAAGCUUUUUCUUUGAUUUUACAGAGUUCUUUUUUUAAUAAGCUUGAGAUAAAGAAAUAUGAAAUUUCAUGUUCAAGCUUAGUAAAAAAAGUUUAUUGAAUGUCUAAACUCUGCAUAUCUUUGACAUACAAUAAAUCAAACUUUCUGGUUUCCAGCUAAUCCAAAAGCCGAUGACCAUAUUUUUUCAUUAAAACAAAAAUAAUAUUUUGAGAAACCCUGUUCUGAUUUUUUACCAACUUUACAUGGGCCUAAAUAUACGUGGAACACUAUAGGCACAAUUUUUUUAAACUUUCGAGAUUUUUCUGCCAAUGAUAGUGUUCCCUGUAACUUUUCAAAAAAAAACCAACUUGGGUUAAAUUUUUUUUUAAUGCUAAUUGGUGUAUGUCAAUCCUGAAGGAUGGGGCCGUUCGAAAAAGUCGGUACAUUUUGACUUCUGAAACUUCUCGAAACCCCUCAUAAGUGUUAAGUUGAACUUCUCAUCUCCGAAAUAUCUUCUAUGAGACAAAGUUUCAAGCUCCAGCCGGUUGAAUUAUUCAGCUUUCAAACCGUCGGAAGAAGUCGAACCCUGGAAGGUCUCAAGUGCCCAUGAAAGCAGUGGCAAAGAGGAAGAUGAAACCCAAGUGAAAAGUGUUGCCGGAGAGCGUUAUACUCAAUUCCAAUGCGGCAUGUCGCAUUUCUUGCAAUUUGAAUGGAGCGACUCAUGGGUUUCGCGCUGCUCUUUCGGGUUUUUGCCGUGCGCCCUCUGUCUGGUCCAGGCUCUCUGACUGAGCAGCAAGAGGUUGCUGCUGCUCAUUUUCAAUGCUCGUGGGUUGGUGCGUUCACUCCUUGAGGCCUCGUUUUGUGUGCCACUGCUUAAUAGAGCUCUCCGUCGAGUUUCUCUGCAUUCGAGCUCUCUCGCCGCCCCAUAUCUAAUUCAUGUCAAAUACUUGUUAGCUGCCCCAAACGGCGUCCCUUCGCUUGCGUCCUCACUCCUCCAGCAGCACCGCUCAUUUUGGCGGUUUGCCUGAAAAUGGCGAGGGCAUGGCUCUCACUUUUCUCUCUGUCACACACUCACUCCGAAAUCAUCAUAUUGCUUCUCCAGCUUUUCGUAGGCGCCAGCGCUUUUGCGUGCCUCUUUUCUUGGAAUCUCCUUUCCUUGUUAUUUUAUCACGAUCUCGGAGUUAUUUUCGACUGCUCUCUAGACGAACUUUCAUGCUUCGUUGAGAUAUUUUCCAUUCCUUCAGACGGCAGACACUUCUAAAGCUAAUAUCAGAAACGCAUGACUGCGUUUUUCAUAAAUCAAGCAUGAUAGACUUCCCUGAUGACUGUCUACUUGACCUUUUGUUGAAUUUUCAUCAGUGACUAAUGUCUGAAAUGGCAUAUUUCAUGGGAAGCCCUUGCUGGAACUUUCGAAAGUGCAAGACUUUUUCUGCAGUUCCAACUUGCACUUCAAGACACGCCUCUUUUGGUUUUCAACGUCUGUAAACAAGCUCGAUAGGUAUUUUCUUCGGGCUUAGUCUGGCGUCUUUAGUUUUCUAAUAUACGUUUUUGAAGAAACGAUAGUCACUGAAAUUUUUUGCGAUUAGCAAAGAUAUUUUCCCAGUCGUUAUUGAUCAUGAUUUUCAUAAAACUUUAAUUGAUUAAUUUCCUGAGCAUUGAAAAGAUUUAUUAUAUCAACUUUAUCCAAGAAUUACCUUUGCCGAUGCUAUUCAAGGAAAUUGAAUUCAAAAAUUUUCCACUUCUUGAGAAGCAGAAACGUUUUGCAAGGCGUGUUUGUACUCUGAUCCUCAGUUUUGCGGAUCCAGGGCUUGAGAACUUUUGAGAACUUGCAAAAUAAGAAAGAUUGACCAUGCUUAUGUUCUAUAUUUGGUAGGAAGAGAGAGCCAAGGCUGCACACAUUCAUUAGAAGGGCGUAAAAAUGCUUAUCCGCGAUGCUAAUUGAAGUGAGAGGUAGGCGCUGGCCACCAGAUGGAGAUCACUCUCGCCACGGGCUUUCCUGCCCUCCAAAUUAGCCUCCAAACAAUUUUCGUGAUAGUUGCACAAAGAAUGUUUUCGUUUCAUGAAAGUUUUACAUCUCAAGUCCAUUUUCGAGGAAAUAUUCAACUCAAACGAUUCCAUCUUUUUACCAAGCAAUUUUCUUCCAAUCAUCUUCUGUGCUAAUGAACUUGGCUAUCUCUUCGUGACUUCCAAUGCUUGUGUGUUCGAUGGCCGCGCUGCUUCCGGUGCAAAGUCAUUUCAAAGCGUCUUUUUUUUUGCCCAAAUAACUUGCAUCAAAAUCUGAAAUCUGCAGAUAUUGGCCUUGCAUCGCGCGUGAUGUCCUGUAACGUUCAGCCUGGCAGUUUUUCAGCAGAACUAAAAGCAAUUCUUCAAGAGUGUGAAAGGAUAAACGCGGGUAAUCAUUUAAAUCCGAAGAUCAGCGUGUUGCUUAGUUUUGUUUUCUGUGAUCUUAAUCCUGAGUAUGUCAGAUCUUAGUUUUGAAGAACGUGGUAUUUGCUUACAUUUCCAACUUGGAAAAUUCUCCAUUGUUGUCCAACAACCUUUUGUUUGUGAGGAGAGAAGCACGUCGCACAUCUCUUUUCAUCAUUCAAACGCAUCUGAGAACAAAUGCAACUUUAGAGAGAAGGCGCCGUCAAGUAUUCUAAUCGGUUCUUUGAACUCUGAAAAGCAUAAACAAAAGUUUAUUCGACAAAGAUAGUGAGAAGAUUUUGCCAUAGUGCACUCAAUGAAAGUGGGUCUGUCGCAGAGCUCUCGGCCAAUUCUUCAUGCUCUAUUUUUUCCGUCCUUCAUUCCAGUCACCGAUUGUCUUACCAACAAUUCUGUCCUGCUCGAAUUGGUCCUAAAUGAUAUUUUUCAGAGCAAACCUCAGCAGCAUCUCUGACUCCACAGGCUCUCGACCAGCAGCAGAUAAAUGAUUUGUUAGCCAGUGAGUUUUUAGUGAAGAAAACCGCUUUUUUUGCGAAAUUUCCAAACUUUUUGUCAAUAGGAAGUAUAAUUGUAUGGAUUGCAGUGGCCGGAACUCCGAGAAUGAACGGACCGUCGAGUUCGCGUCCCCUCGUGGCUCUGCUCGACGGACGCGACUGCUCCGUGGAAAUGCCGAUCUUGAAGGAUGUGGCCACCGUGGCGUUUUGCGACGCUCAAUCAACUCAAGAAAUUCACGAAAAGGUCAUUUUGAAAUUUUUGAAAAAUUUAAAGACGUAGGAUUCGGUGUAUUGAAUUAAACACCCACUAAUUAAAUUAGUUAUUUCGAGGAUAAAUUCAAAUUUGGCUAGGUUGUUGCUUUUUAAUAGUUGGAGCCAGUACAUAAUUUUUUUGACUUAUUUUUCAAAUAAGAGAAGUAUUUUUUUAAUGGGGUUUAUGACUAUUGAUUUCACUGUUCAAAUUCAUUUUUCAUCUCAAAAAUUUGAUGAGAGUUUUAUAGCCAACAAUUAAUUGGAGAUGUUUCAUACAAAACUUUUUUUGGGUACUUUAUGAGUUUAGUUAAAAAAAAGUUUUUUUUUUUUUCAAUUUUUUUAGUCCAAUAUAUUCAAAUUUCUAUAAAUAUGAGAAAUCCUCUUAGUACCUUUUUCUCAAUAAAAAGAAAAAACUCGAAAUAUAUCUUCUUUUCUGAAAGGUUUCAAAGCUAUGAAGGGUUCGAAAUGGGGAAAACGGUGUUUUGCGAGCCCAGGUGGUAUCAUUUGCAUUCACGAAAUGCAUCCGACCACGCGCGCCCUCAUUCAUUGAUUUCAAAUCCGGCCAUCUUCGCUAAUAAUUCAUCAAACGAUUCUCCGCGGAGCACGCAAAAGCCCCUGAAAAUGGGCUUUCAGCCGCUGUGAGAUAGUUAUUCCAACAGCUUGAAAAGCAAUUAAAGAGCUUUCAAGGAAGAUAUUGCUCUCAGAGAACAAAUUUUGCAGCUCCCAACUGGAUGAGGUCGACACACUUAGACUGUUCUAAGCGUAUUAUUAAAGAAGAACAAACGAACAAAAAAAAACGAAAAAGAUUCGAAGGCUGAUAGGUCAAAAAUAAGUGCUCCGUUUUCACAUAAGGAUUUCUUUUUUUUGUUUGUAGUGUUCUAAAAAAAGACCAGAAAAUUUUUGAGAUAGUAGUUCAAAAUCGUGUAAGGUCAAUUUAAGAAGCUUUCCAGUUUUAAGGGCCUUCUUAAACUUCAAAAGGAUUAUUUCUACGGAGUUUGAGAACUGAAGAAGUUUUGCAAGUUGAGGCUUUCAUUAUCUUGAUUCAGCUCAUCAAAGAAUGUUUCAACAAACUUUAAAGUGAUUUCAGGAUCUUUUUGAAACUUUUUGUGUAGUUAAUUAUAUCACAAAAAAAGUUUGAACCUUUUUAGAUUGUUUUGCAAGAACUCUAGAGAUUAAUUUCUUCAGCCAGCGUUGAAAGAUGAAAAAGAUUUGAAGACGAAAUGAGGUUUUUUGCUGAACAGUUUGAUUUUUAAGGUAGUGCGUAUAUUCAUAUCUGGGAAAUUCAUUACAGUCUUUUAAAAAUGGUUUUCAAGGACUUAUCGAAACGUUUUCCAGGUUCUGAACGAAGCAGUCGGAGCUCUGAUGUAUCACACCAUCAAACUCGAAAGAGAAGAUCUCGAAAAGUUCAAAGCUCUCCGAAUAGUUGUCAGGAUUGGUAAUGGACUGGACAACAUUGAUGUCAAAGCGGCAACGGAACUAGGUAACUUUGCGGUUUCUUUCGAAUGAAUUAACUGAAAAAUAGGAAUCGCUGUUUGUCACACUCCUGGAGAUUGUAUUGAAGAGGUCGCCGAUUUUACCAUGUCCCUCCUGUUGAACUUGUACCGAAGAACAUUCUGGCUAGCCAAAGCAUGUUGCGAUUCUAGGAAGGUUUUUUAGUUUCAAGCCUCACAUAAUGUGCUCUGUAAUGAAUAGGUGAUUUCCGCUGAACAAGUGAAAGAAAUGGCCAGCGGAAGCCGAAAGAUGAGAGGAGACACGCUUGGACUUAUCGGUUUUGGUGGCUCUGGAAUCGCCGUCGCCCUGAGAGCCAAAGCUUUUGGCAUGAACAUCGUUGUCUACGAUCCUUUCCAGAAAGAUGGACUCGAGAAGUCGAUUGGAGUCGAAAGGUGAGUGAACUCUGCAAUCCUCAUUUUUAGUUCAAAAGGAAACUUACUCUUUUCCAGAGUUCACGCACUGGACGAGCUUUUGGCGAGAGCUGAUACGAUUUCUUUGCACUGCCCGCUCACGGACGAAACUCGUCAGAUGAUCAAUAAUGAAACUUUGAAGCAAUGCAAGCCUGGCGUUUUUGUAAUCAACACGAGCCGUCCUGGUCUGAUCAAUGAGGUCAGUAAUAUCAUCAAAAAAGUGGAUUGAAUCCUAUGUCUAUAAAUUGAGAAUUAUUUCAACCGAGCUUCUAACGUUACAAAUUUUGGAGUAGAAUAUUAUCCCUCAUAAGAAGCCAUUGAAGUUGUUCGGGGUCAAUAACUAAAUGAAAAUUUGGCCAUUUGAACUUAUCACACUUAUUGGUAAAAAAAAAUACCAUUUAAAAUUAUGAGCGUAUGAGAAAAUUUUCUCAAAAAAAUCAUUAUCUGAUUUACAGAGCGAUCUUGCCGUAGCUCUGAAAACGGGUCAUGUUCGCGGAGCUGCUUUGGAUGUCCAUGAGCAUUCUCCCUACGAGUCCAACGUCAUGAGUAAGAUACUAAACCCAAGAACUUGCUCAAAAACAUAAGUGCAGAUCCUUUGGCCGGUUGCCCUAACAUAAUGAACACUCCAAGAGCUGCUUGGUUUUCCGACUCUUCAUGUCGUGAUCUGCGUGCGAUUGCUGCCAGAGAGGUCCGUUUUGGAAGUGUAAUUUAUAUCUUUACUAUUUUUCCCAGGUGCGCAAGGCGAUCACUGGCCGGUGUCCUCAAGACUUGGCUCACUGCAUCAACAAAGAAGUGGUUAUGCAGGCUCCAAACGUUCGACGGGCGCCACAAGUUCAGCCGCCAUCGUUCUUGAAUAUGCAGAACUUUGGUGCGUGAAGAGGCGAUAGCUAAAAAAGACAAUAUCUACAAAAAAAGGAUGUGGAUUCUUUCCACAAGUUUUGGUCAUCACUUAUCACAACAGUGACUUUUCAGGGUUCAACAAUCUGCCGCAGAUGCCGAUCAGCCAGAUGAACGCGUUCAGCUACACGAACCCUCUCCUGGCGAUGAGCAGCAUGGGAAUCAACCCGUUGCUGAUGAACGCCAAUCCGGCUCUUGCACAGUUCAACCCUGCGGCGGCGUUGUCGACACUCGCCGCCCAGGCCGCCAACCACCGAUCUUCGCCGGCUACUCAUUCGACGCCCAGCCCGAAGGUCGCCGCCAGUCCUGCCACCAACAGUCUUCCUGUAUCCUCGCCUUCUAAUAUUUCUCCUAAGAAUGAGGUUUGUAGCACUUUCUUCUUGCCUCUUUUCCACGUAGUUUAUUAAAAAAGUUCAAAAAAAAGUUUGACGCACAUAAACCUGACAGAAAACUUUUCGAAACUUUUUUGACUUUUCCACAACCCAUCAUCGAAAUCUUUCAGAGAUCUCCGGCAGCGUCUAACGGCGGAAGCACUGAAAUCUCCGAAUCGAAUGAUAAGGCUUCUCCUCCAACUCAGAACAGCGAUGACGUCGGAGAAGACCAAGCUCGAGAAGAAAGCGAGGAGAAUGAGCCUCAAAAACAGGCGCUGGAGCCAGAAUCGAUCAAGGACGACUUCAAGAUCUCCAAACUUGAGGAGCCUGAAGAAAUUGCAGUGGGGCUCAAUGGAAAUCGCGUCAACAUCGAAGAUAACUGA